CCCUGCGCAGGCCGUUAGCAGAGCGCUAGCUGAGCUCCCGCGGUCACCAGCAUGACAGAUGAAAAGGAUUCCCUGAGGGGACACGAGGAGAAAGCGGAGGAGCCGGCGGUGCGUACCGUCACCGGUAGCGCGUACUCCGUGAAGCAGGCGGCGGAGGAGGAGGAAGAGCCCAUGAAGGUGGAAGUGGCGCUGGGGGCCGAUGGCUGCUCUGACAGCUGCUCUGACGGCUGCUCUGACGGCUGCUCUGACGGCUGCUCUGACGACUUCAGCUUCGGGGAGGCCCACAUAGAUCCAAAUCUCCUGGGGCUUGCGGCCGACGAGGAGAAGUGCCGGAAUAUCCGCAAGCAGUACCGGCAGCUCAUCCAUAACGUGCAGCAGAACCGUGAAGACAUAGUGAACACGGCGAGCGACUCCUUAACCGAGGCUCUGGAGGAAGCCAAUGUCCUGUUCGAUGGGGUGAGCCGAACAAGAGAAGCAGCUCUCGAUGCCCAGUUUCUUGUUUUGGCUUCUGAUUUGGGUAAAGAAAAAGCCAAGCAGCUAAAUUCUGAUAUGAACUAUUUUAAUCAGGUUGCGUUUUGUGACUUUCUGUUUAUAUUUGUGGGCAUGAACUGGAUGGAAGAUGAUGAACACAACGAGUUGAGCGGCUGUGAUGAUAAUAUAGCUCUUUCCUUCUGGGAGACAGUGCACAAAGAAGCAGCGUCCUGGAUGUUGCGAGCUGAAACAUUCCACUUUAUCUUUGGUUCAUUCAAGUCGCAUUCUUCUGCACCAAAACACCGAUCUGAACACCAUAAAAAAGCUCACAGAAUGGAAGAAAAUGGGGAUAUGCCUACAAAGCUGAGGAGGCUGGACCUGAGUAGUAAUCAAGAAGCCACAGAAAAAGAAGUGGAAAGAAUCUUGGGAUUGUUGCAGACGUACUUUCGAAAGUAUCCUGAUACUCCUGUGUCCUAUUUUGAGUUUGUGGUUGAUCCAAAGUCUUUUUCUCGUACUGUGGAGAAUAUAUUUUAUGUUUCUUUCAUUAUAAGGGAUGGUUUCGCAAGAAUAAGGCUUGACCAAGACAGGCUGCCAAUAUUAGAGCCAAUUAAUAUUAACCAAGUGGGUGAGGGAAGUGACCCCAGUUCCCAUGGCCGGAAACAAGGAGUUAUAUCUUUGAGUUUACAGGACUGGAAAAAUAUCGUGGCGACUUUUGAAAUUUCAGAGGCUAUGAUCACAAACUCCUACUAAAUAUUCUUGUUCUUAGUAUAGGGUGCAUUUUGUGGCUUUUCUAAAGCAUCUCAAAAUAGAGUGUAAAAUCCAAACAGAAGCACAUAUUGUACCUCUUGUAAAGUGAAAAAGUAUUUUCCAGAACAUCAGAAAUUGUUUUACUGUGCAGUGUAUUUUUUUUUCUUGGUAGUUUAUAAAGUUGUCAUGAUCUGUUGUUAAAAAAAAAUUAGUGGCAUGUUCAUGGAAAAUUUUUUUGAAUGUCCUUUAAGACUUUAUUAAUAAAAUCAGUUCAAAAUUUCAGAAAUUAGAAGGUAUUUGGUAUUUACAAAAACAAAUUAGUUAUGAUGCUCUGUGUUACUGUGUUCCUCUGUUACAGGGAAUGAAGGGAAUCCCAUAUGGGACUCCUAAUCAGAUUGGGGAAAGAGUAGGUAAAAAAUAAAAGGUAAAGAGAGACUAUCAGUAGGUCAGUAAAUAUGCAGUAUUAACAUUGUAAAAAUAGUUGUCUUGUUCCAUUGCUAGGACGACUCAGAUUAAUUAGUGGGUAUCCGUAUUCUAAAUAAUUCUUCUGUGAUUAGAUUCCAAAGCAAUAGGGUAUCUACUGUAUUAGGUGAGGCAUCAACUAAAUGCUGAAGGUGAGUAGGGAUUGGCCACAGGUAGGAACAAUAUACUGGGCAGGGCACACAGAAGCCAAAUACAUGGAAUCAUGAGAAGGUACGGCACCAGAGAACCAUAACUUCUUCUAUUUUAACUGUUCCAUUUGAAUGUUAAACUGGGCAAAAAUUCAUUUAUUUUGUCGAUUAGUUCUCAGAGGUAGAUGAUAUUUUUGUCAGAUUAUUUCAAACAACAUCUUUUCACAUCCAGUUCUAGUCUUUAUCUGCUUGGUUAAUUUCUUCCCUGGUCCCUAGUUUCUCUUUGUAACUUCUGCUAGUACACAGAAUGUGCUUGAGAAAUCAGUGAUGUUUCAUUAUGUAACAACCUUGAAUAUUUGUUCUCAAUUCAGUUUUGCAUUUCUUGAUAG